CUGCAUGGCCUCGGUUUUUCAGUGAGAUGGCAGCAAGUGUAAACGAUAAACCUGGUGGCUACGACGUAUCAUUUGUAGCUCCGCUCGACAAGGAGUACCAAUGUCCCAUCUGUCUUCUUGCAUUGAAGGAUCCGGUACAGACUCCGUGUGGACACUCCUUCUGCAAAUCUUGUUUCGAUGGAGUAGUGCAACAGCAGGGAGGAGGUGAUUCAAUCCGGUGCCCUUUGGACAAAAUGAGGAUAGCCACUCGCGAUGUAUUUAAAGACACUAAAAUCAAAAGAAUAGUUCUCGCUCUCAAAGUUCGGUGUACUAACAAGGAAGCAGGAAUAGCCUCUUGUAAAUGGAAAGGAGAAUUAAACUACUUUCAGAAUCAUCUUGACGAGUGCCAGUUUGCAAAGGUCAAAUGUUUUAAAAAAUGUGGAAUAAUAAUGUCACGAUACCAACUCGGGGACCAUUGUUAUUGGGAUUGUCCUCGUACCGUUAUAUAUUGUUCUUACUGCGAAGUUAACUUCGAAAGGCAACACAUGACGAAACACAAAAGUACGUGUGGAAAACGUCCCAUCAACUGUACUUUGAAUUGUGGAGCAAACAUACCAAGAGACGAUAUGCAUGGCCACGUUUCUGAAUCAGGCAACUGUCCUAACACUAUGAUGCCUUGUGUCUUCAAAAACGUUGGUUGUGACGUCACGGUCAGGAGACGGGAGAUAGGUCGGCAUUUAACUGCCGAAGUGGUUCAUCAUCAAGUCAAACAACAACACAUGAUAGACAAACAACAACACAUGAUAGACAAAUUGAUCGAUGAAAACAAGAAGCUAAAGCAGAAAUUGGAUUUACAUCUAUUCGCGUCAUCUGAAGAAACAGUGAUGUCUACUUCUGGUCGCACAAUGAUAAAAUUGUUUGUUAAGCGACCACGUGCAGCUGCAGAUGUUAUUUCUAGCCCCACAUUUCGUGCUCAUCACACUGGAUAUGAAGCAAAGUUGGAGCUCUAUCCCAAAGGAUCUUGGUACUCGGACUAUUGGUUUGGUCUAAAUGAUUGCUGGAUAGCAACACUUAUGCCCACAAAAGGCAAUCGAGACGACGAACUAAGCUGGCCUUUCCCAUUCCGUCAUACGAUUACACUACUUGAUCAGCAGACACAUCAAGACGACAUCAAGACAACAGUAGAUCCUGCUACAAUUGAUGAUUUCAGUUGGAAGCAAUAUUAUCGCAAACCUGGUACUUACUUCUUAAGUCUAGCAAGACCACAAAUUCAAAAUUUCACAAAAAGUAUGUUUCAAGUCCCUGAGUCUCUUCUUCUGAGUGAAAAAUAUAAGAAAAACGACACCAUUGUUAUGGUUGUUGAAGUGGACUGUUAGUUAAUUAGAAAAACUUCAUGCGUACGUCGCUACGUGACGUAUGUGUAUGGUUGUUUGCAAAAAUUAUAAAAAGUUGGCACAACAUGUAAAAUGUAAAAUGUGAUAGGUCACGUGAUUGUGACUCUGUCGUAGACGGCUGGCUGGAAUGUCAUUUAGUUUACAAAAUGUGAUAAAAUUUACAAAAAGAUGAUCAAUGGA